CGCUCAUUGCAUUCUCAGACUACUAGCAAUCAGAGCUGCAAAACACUGGGAUCUAUCAAUUCAGAGCAACACUCAUCCAAACACACUGGCAAACAUGGUCCUCGAGGAUGAGUAUGACUCCGUUUUUGACAUUGAGGUCGCUGAGGAGGAUGUGGACACUCCGUUUGGGAAGGUGCACUGCACCGUCAAGGGCACUCCUAAGCCAAACAGGCCAGUUAUCUUCACCUUCCACGACAUCGGACUCAACCACAAGUCCUGCUUCAACCCCCUCUUCAACCAUGAGGACAUGAUGGAGAUUACCAGACACUUUGCUGUGUUGCAUGUCGAUGCACCUGGGCAGCAUGAGGGUGCCAGCAACCUUCCUACUGGGUUCACUUAUCCUUCCAUGGACCAGCUGUCUGAGACUUUCCCCAUUGUUCUCAAGCACUUUGGCAUAAAGAGUGUCAUCGGGCUGUCACUCGGAGCAGGUGCCUACGUCAUGGCCAACUUUGCUCUGAACCACCCUGACCUGGUGGAGGGCCUGGUCCUGAUCAACAUCAACGCACAGUCUGAAGGUUGGGUGGACUGGGCAUCACACAAGUUGACCGGCUUGGCACACGGCCUUCCUGACAUGAUCAUCGCACAUCUGUUCAGUAAGGAGGAAAUCCAGAACAACCAUGACCUUAUUGCCACCUACCGCCACCACAUCCUCCACGGUGUUAACCAGAACAACCUGCAGCUGUUUGUCAAGUCCUACAAUAGCCGGAGAGCCAUGGACAUUGAGAGGCCCGUCGAGGGAGGAAACGUCAAUGCCAGGACUCUGAAGUGUUCUUCCCUUCUGGUGGUUGGAGAUAGCUCUCCUGCUGUGGACGUAGUGGUGGACUGCAACGCCAAAAUGAACCCAACAAAGACCACCCUGCUCAAGAUGGCAGACUGUGGAGGCUUGCCUCAGGUUGAUCAGCCUGCGAAACUCGCCGAAGCCAUCAAGUAUUUCAUUCAGGGCCUGGGCUACAUGGCGGCUGCCAGCAUGACCCGUCUGGUCCGCUCGCGCACCUCCUCCGGCACCAGCAUCUCCUCCAUGGACGCCAGCCGCAGCCGUUCCUUCAGCAACCGCAGCCAGGUAAACGUGGAGCAGCGCAGCCGCUCACACACAGACUCCAUGGAAACCACCCCCAACAACGUUUCAGAGCCUGUCCUCCCAGGACCCAACAGGACGGAGGUGCCCUGCUAAAUGCCCGAUUAAGUCCCUGUUGCAGGUGACGCAGCUAGUAUCUUAAAAUAAAAAACUCUGUGACGCAAACACCCAUCUGUUGCUCUCCUCACCUCCCUGAUUAACCCCUCCCUGUAUGUCUGUAGCGCUGGGGCAAUGUUGGCUUAUGGGCACGUGCAGAGAAAGCUAAGGGGGUCAACUCAAGGCUCCUAAGAUUGGGUUCUAAUAUGGAGACCGACAUGUACCAUUACUUUUACCAUGUAAUCACAGCCAAGCGGUUUAAGACUAAAGGAUAAACAGAGUACCGGGGAGAUUCUUAUGUCAUUUGAACUCCAUGAUGUACUUGAUGCUUUUCAUUGGGGGGUUGUCUAAUUCCCUGAAAACUCCCUCACUCAUUGAUGGUGGGUGAAGAUUGUUCCUAAAAUCCUGUGAUGAAAUACUGAGUGCGUUUACAGAUAAUGUGCUAAAAUAACCCUUUUCUUGCACUUUGUUUAACACUGUGAAGAUGUUUUGUAUCGCAGAGCAUGUACAAUUCUUUGAAUGGCCUGGUUUGUGCCAGUAGUGGCAUUGAUGUUUCAGAAGUUUGAGGUGGUUAUAUACACCCUCUUAAGUGUUUAGAGGGAUUUGUAUAUAUAUAUUACACUUAAUAAUGAAACAUUUUAAAUGAACACACCUCUGGACAGACAUACAUUCAUUUCUGUCAUAUACCUUAAUCAGUAGAAUGGAUGUUUUUUUUUAAUACCUUAACUCUUUCCAAUCUCAUGUUAUCCAUAAAAGUAUUGUAAUGAACCUCCAACUCCAGUUUGUAUAUGUAAUAAAAUAAAAUUCAUGUUGAAA